AUGAGCACCUUUUAUGUUAUCAUGGAAAGCCAAAACCACUACACCGAUCUGAAGCGAGCGCCCUCGCCUCAGAUCCGAUUGCUCAAAAUCGAAGCAGCAGAGAACAAUGAGAACAUAAUCAAAGUCAAUCUCCACACCAAAAGCAUGAAAGAAGCGCCUGGUUUCAAUGCUCUGUCAUACGCAUGGGGAGACAAGGACCAAACCACGUCUAUCCUUCUCAAUGGUCUGGGUUUCGAAGUCACCAACAACCUCCACGCUGCCCUGAAAGUCUUGAGAUCUAAAACCAACAACUCAUUUCUGUGGGUCGAUGCAAUAUGCGUAAAUCAGAAAGACGAUUACGAAAGAAGCCAUCAAGUUUCAUUGAUGACUCGCAUCUAUUCCAAGGCUCGCAUAGUCCUGUGCUGGCUGGGACCAGACGUAGAUGACCACUCAAUCUUGCCAUUUCUACGAGGAUGCGUGCAUCACGCGGAUACGUUAAGCUCCCCACAGGCUUUCGCGUCCAAGUCGGAUGCCAUUCGGGAUAUACUUAGUCGACCGUAUUGGUCCAGACUAUGGGUGGUCCAAGAAAACGUACUAGCCAAAGAACGCCUCUUUCUAUGUGAGAGCAACGAGAUAAGCAGUGAAGACUUGGCUCGCAGUCUCAGAUUGCUGAAGGACUUUGUGCAGCUGAUGGCGAGCGAAUUCCAUGGUAGAGAAGUUUUGCAAGCGGCUAGCGACAUCCGUGAUUUUCAUGGAACCAGGAUGGUUGACGGCACCCUGAUGCCAUCUCGACAGCCUCAAAGUCAUACAAUAGCGGAGCAAUUCACCCUGCUGAACGAAAUGAUGAUCGAGACAUCGCGGUUCAAUGCUACGGAUCCCUGCGAUUAUCUCUAUGGCGUCCUCGGUCUGUUUCCUGAUACGACUGUCAUCAUUACGCCAGACUACACGAAGAGCCCGGCUGAGGUUUUCAAGGACUUCGCCCUCCUGACCUUGAAGAAAAAUUUCGGCCUCAUCGCCCAGUCGGGAACUGGACACAAGAACUGUACACGAAUGCGCAGGUCUUGCAAAGAAGUGCCGUCGUGGGUUCCAAACCACAGCGGGCCCUUCGUUGAAAUCCAUAACGGUGUGAGUCUUUUGACGUCCGUUAGGAUUGCCAAGUUUGAGGCUGGGACUUUCUUUCCGCACGGAUGGGAUCUUUCACAAGACAAUAUGGUGCUCCGUGUAAAAGGUGUGCGAGUAGGGCGGGUUAUUUCUCGGUCCAGCCCAGACACCUUGGUUGCUAAGAGAUUGGUGUCGGAUUGGAAGCCCAAUUCGACCUCGAGUCAGCGCCAGCGCAGGGGCCAUCUGAGGGUCUCUAUAUCAGCGUUUGACCGGCGAUCUAACUAA